UGUUUUGUUCACAGGUCCUGGUCUGAGAGAGUCCAGACCUGCAGGAUCUGAGAGGCUCAGACAUGGCCAGCUGUUCAGGAUGUGGACCGGGAUACCGCAGCCCGCUGGACGCCAUGAAGGGUCCUCGGGAAGAGAUCGUCUAUCUGCCCUGCAUCUACCGCAACACUGACACCCUAAAACCCGACUACCUUGCCACUGUCGACGUCGACCCGAAAUCCUCCACCUACUGCCAGGUCAUCCACCGGCUGCCGAUGCCGAACCUUCGUGACGAGCUGCAUCACUCCGGCUGGAACGCCUGCAGCAGCUGCUUCGGCGACGCCUCCAAGAAAAGAAACCGUCUGAUUCUCCCGUCGCUCAUCUCCUCCAGAGUCUACGUGGUCGACGUCGGGACGAAUCCCCGAGCACCGCAAAUACACAAGAUAGUGGAGCCUGUCGAUCUGUACUGGAAGUGUGGCCUGGCGAACCCUCACACCAGCCACUGUCUGGGCAGCGGUCAGAUCAUGAUCAGCUGUUUAGGAGACCCGUCCGGCAGCGGCAAAGGUGGUUUCAUCCUGCUGGACGGUGAGACGUUCGAGGUGGUCGGUAACUGGGAGCACCCAGGUGAAGCGGCGCCCUUUGGAUAUGACUUCUGGUACCAACCUCGACACAACGUGAUGAUCAGCACUGAAUGGGGUGCACCCAAAGCUCUGGCUGAUGGGUUUAAUCCGGCCCAUGUCAAAGAAGGUCACUACGGCACAUCCCUCCAUGUUUGGGACUGGACCACCCACAGGAAGCUUCAGACGCUCGAUCUGGGUGAGGAGGGUGCCAUUCCCCUCGAGGUCCGAUUCCUGCAUGACCCCAAUGCCGCUGAGGGCUACGUGGGAUGUGCUCUGGCUGGAACAGUCUUCAGAUUCUACAAAACACCAGAAGGUGACUGGGCUGCAGAGAAGGUGAUCAGCGUUCCCAGUAAGAAGGUGGAGGGGUGGGCGCUGCCUGAGAUGCCUGGUCUGAUUACAGACAUCCUGAUCUCGUUGGACGACCGGUUUCUCUACUUCAGCAACUGGCUGCACGGUGAUGUCAGACAGUAUGACAUCACAGACAGGAGGAACCCACGAUUGGUCGGCCAGGUGUUUCUGGGAGGAAGCAUCGUCAGUGACGGUCCGGUCAGAGUCCUGGAAGACCCGGAGAACCAGCCGCAGCCCCCACCACGCAUCAUCCAGGGGAGGCGUGUCCACGGAGCUCCUCAGAUGUUACAGCUGAGUUUAGACGGUCGGAGACUUUAUGUGACGACGUCUCUCUACAGCGGCUGGGACAAGCAGUUCUACCCCGACAUGAUCAAAGCUGGUUCAGUGAUGAUGCAGAUCGAUGUGGACUCUGGUAGUGGAGGUCUCUCCCUGAAUGAAACCUUCCUGGUGGAUUUUGGUAAAGAACCCGACGGUCCGGUUCUGGCCCACGAGCUCAGAUAUCCUGGAGGAGACUGCACGUCUGACAUCUGGCUGUAGAAACACCUGAAGCCGACAGAGGAGGGUCAGGAAUAAUAAUCCAGAACAUGACUGUAGUUAAAGAUCAAUAAACUCUGUUGUUCACUUUUUCUCAGCUGCUUCAGAACAUGUUGAAACAUGAGCUUCAUGCGUCCUGCAGAACCCUGCUAAUGUGUCACAGCUGGUCAAUCAGCGGGUCGACUUUAAUCACAGGUUUACAGGUGACUUCCACACAGAACGCAGACACGAUAAAAGUGCUGCAUGUAAAACAUAAAGAAACACAAGACAAAAUGAACCCACAUUCUAACUGGACUUAAAGGACUGAAAUAAAAUGGCAGCUAGAAUAAUGAUGGAGUUUAAAAUUAGAAGAUCAAUUCACUGAUUAAUACAACAGUGUGUUUUAAAGUCAACAUGAACGCUCGACGUGAGGACGUUAGAAGCUUUUGGGACCGGUUUCACAAAGCUAUUUUAGACUUUAAACUGAAGUUUGGACCAGAAAAUGAGACCCCUCGCCCCCGGGCUAACUUAGGUCUAAGAUUCUGUGUUACCAUGGUAACCACCAGUAACAACCAGUUACGUUACAAACAGCCAAAUGAAAGAGAAAAUGGCUCAUAGUUUGCGGUUUGCUGAGGAUAUUACGGAGAGAGCUCUGAGAAGGGAAAGAGCUUUUAGGGACCGCAGUAACCUUCUAGAAAUAUACAACAAUGAGGACGUUUCAGCGGUCGUUUUCUUUUACCCAACGCAGCUCUCCUUGAUGAUCAGGUUAACGCUGUUUACUGUCCUCGCAAUUCUUUUCCAAAUCAAGUAUUUAGUUUGUUACUACACUCCGCUAAAUGUUCCAAGUAAAAUGUCCUUAUAUCUAUUAUACUGCAUCCACAAACACAUUAUUUCUGCUGGGGUGCGCUGCACUGAGCGGUUGGAUGCCCCUACUCAAUCCGCCAUAUGUUUUUAAAAGUGUCUUAUUUUACCCAGAAUUCAUUGCAGUGUAGUCCUACUUAAGAUACUCCGUGUCUUCAGUGCUUUGUGCAACAGUCUGAUUUAGAUGUCUAUCUUAAGUCUGACUCUCUUCUACAUCUAAGCCAUAGUCAAAGUCUAUCUUUUUGAAACCGGACCCUGGUCUGCAGAGUUCUGAAACGCUGAUGUCUGCUGGUGGAGGUUCCAGAUCUGUGUGGUGUGACGUCACCAGCAGGCGCAGGACCUGAUCAGAUCUGGUACCUACACCGGCGCUGCAUCGCUGUGAUCCUCUGUACAUAUUUGUGAUUAAACAUUUCAAUUCUUUGUGAAAGAAAUAAAACUGUUGAAACAAAACAACUGAGAAAACCUGAACUAAAAACAUCCAUCACACAUCAGAACACUUACUGUCAAAUGAUCAAUCAUCUAGUGUCAUUAUUAAUCAUUUCAUGUCAUCUUAUUAAUGUUGUGGCUUGUUAAGUGUGCUUUGCCUUCAGAAAACCAACCGGCCAAUCAGAUUUCAGCCUGAGCCUCAGGUUUCUGUCUCCUGCAGCGCCUCCUGCUGGUCAAACUGUACCCAUUAGAUGUUUAAAUAAAGUUGUGUUUGAACUAU